AUGCGGCCACAGGCGCGAAAUCGCGCCACUUGCGACGCUGGGCGCGUCUGCGCCGCAGAAAGAAAACGCGAGACCGCGCUUUGCACCUUGCGCGCGCCGAUUCGGCGAGGGACCCAUUUGUGCAAGGCACUGGCCAGCAAGGGCACGGGCCAGGGACCUGCAUGCGCCAGGCACCCCUGCACAUUGGCGAACGUGACGAGCAAGCGCCCGCCAGUGACGAGGGAGGCGCUGGCCAGCAAGGGCACGGGCCUGGGGUUUGGCAGCAAGGAUUCCAGGAAGGCGCAGCAGGAGCGAAGCUGGAAUAAGCGCACGAAAGACUCCAAGAUAGGAUUCAGGUGCGGCCACCCUGCAGAGGCGCCGGGGUGCCUGUCCUUCGGCGCGGGGGAAGAGCUCGAGGUGCUCCUCUGGAGCAAGGCCGGCUGGUGGUGGGGCUGCCACCGCGGCGAGCCGUUCCGCGCAGGCUGGAUGCCAUCCACCUUCCUGAAGCCAGCCCCUCCGCACGAGCAGCCCAACGCCGGUAACGGCGCCAGCGCCGCCGACGGAUCUACGUCCGCAGCGCCGCCCGCUGCGCUUGCGACGACGGAGAUAGCACCGGAGGCACCAGCUGAAUCUUGUCAGCUGGCCGAGGCCAGUGACGCCGACGAUGGCCAAGCGGAACAGGAGGCCACGGAGGACUGGCCGCCGAUCCCAGCCGCCAGGCAGGCGCCGCAGCUCCCACCGCUGCCGCCCGGGCCGCCUCCAUCUCAAGAAGCGCCCGUGUGGCCGCCGCUGCCGCCCGGGCCGCCGCCACCGCCGGGGGCUGGCACUUCUGCGCCGGAGCUGCAGGAGGCAAUUAACGGGGAGUACGACAACACCCUCUUCUUGUCCAAAGGGAAAGCAGAGGGCCCUUCUUCGCUGCGGAGCUACCACAGGGACACGGCGCAGCUGCACCACUAUUUCAAUUACGACAGCUGGGCGCAGGAACAAACCAGGAAGUCCCAGAGCAGUUCUGCCAGUUCCGCUGCGGCGAGGCCCACCGGAGACGGGGGGCAGAAGCCGGCCCGGGGCGCUCCGGGCAGGAAGCGCCCGAGGCAGGGCGGGUGACCCGCGAGGCCGCCCGGGGCCGCGCCCCACAAGCGCCCGGAGGCCCGAUGCUCCGAGCAGGAAUCGCGGCGGCACCGUGUUCGGCCUGCGGGGGCCCUCGACGGCCUCCGGGGGCCCUCGACGGGCCCCAGGACCAUCAAGAGGAACGAGU